AUGAUAAAUAAGAUUGUGCUUUUAGUUGCUUUGAUAUUGGUUUACGUAUCUAGGAACAGCUCUGCUGUUUGGGCUUCCGUUGGAUUUGGUUUGAUUGGAUAUGUAUUUUCAGAUUGGUUAAUUCCUAGAGUUGGUGAUUCUUUUAUUAAGAUUGGUCUUUUUGGUAAGGAUUUGAGUAAACCAGGCAAACCUAUAAUACCGGAAACGAUUGGUGCAGUUACAGCAACUGUUUAUAUAUUUACAAUGUUGUUUUGUAUUCCUUUUAUUUUCUAUAAGGAUAUGGUUGUUACAACUUCUGGUGGAGGACACCGUGAUAUUUCUAUCACUGAAAAUGGUACCUCUAAUGGAUCUUUCUUCCCUCAUAAUAAGUUAUCAGAAUUCUUAAGUGCAGUACUUUGUUUACAGACCACUACUAUGAUAGGUAUCGCUGAUGAUUUAUUUGAUUUAAGAUGGAGACAUAAGGUUUUUUUACCAGCAAUUGCUGCAAUUCCAUUGUUGAUUGUUUACUAUGUUGAUUUCGGUGUAACUUAUGUUUUAGUGCCAAAUUUCUUACAAAAAUGGGUGAACGGUAGAACCACCGUUAAUUUAGGAUCCUUAUAUUACGUCUACAUGGCAGCAAUGAGUAUUUUCUGUCCACAUUCAAUUAAUAUCCUUGCGGGUGUGAACGGGUUAGAAGUUGGUGAAAGUAUUGUACUUGGUAUAUUAGCGGUCUUUAAUGAUGCCCUAUAUCUAUUAUUUGGUCCAGAAGUAUCCCAUGAAUCCCAUAAGCUAUCAAUAAUUAUCAUUGCCCCAUUUAUCGGUGUUUCUUACGCUCUUUGGAAAUGGAACCGUUGGCCAGCAAAAGUUUUCGUUGGUGAUACUUAUUGUUAUUUUGCUGGUAUGGUUUUUGCUGUCGUUGGUAUAUUGGGCCAUUUCUCAAAGACUAUGCUAUUAAUCUUUGUCCCACAAAUUAUCAACUUCUUAUAUUCAUGUCCACAAUUAUUCCAUAUAGUAUUUUGUCCAAGACAUAGAUUACCACGUUUCAAUGAAAAGGAUGGAUUAUUAUACCCAUCAACUGCAGAUUUAGUUGAAAACCCACCAAAGAAAUUCUUCAUCCCAAUACUAAAGCUAUUAGGAUCAUUGAACUUGAUUAGAUUGGAAUACGUCGAUAAUGGAAAGAAAGACACAAUCAAAAGUUGUACUAAUAUGACAUUAAUAAAUUUAACCUUAGUUUGGUUCGGUCCUAUGAGAGAAGAUAAAUUAUGCAAUAAAAUAUUGAUGAUUAAUUUCAUAAUAGGAAUCAUAGCAAUAUUAACAAGACAUUUGAUAGGAACAUUAUUAUUUGGUACUGAUAACCUGCGUCCAAUUACAGCUUUUUAA